AUGCUCAGCCGCUGCGUGCUGCCUGCCCUGAGCCGCCACUCUGUUCGACGACUUGCGCCGUGCCUGUGGCAAAGCCGCCACUUUGCACGACCCGUGUGCCUUUCUGAUCGAGAGAAGAGGCAGCUGGUCGUCCGCGGGCAGAACGUCCCUGUGAGCGAUGAGUUCUGGGAAUAUGUUGCGGAUGAGCAGUCAGUGAAGGAUGCAGAGGUCUACAGGAAUAAUACCGAGAACUAUGUGGGUACUGUAAAGUAUCCUAUUGGUGCGAUCGGGCCUCUCAAGGUGAAUGGUGAGUAUGCCAACCGCGAGUAUGUCGUGCCCAUGGCCACGCACGAGGGUGCCCUCUUGGCAUCCUACAGCCGCGGAGCCAAGGCCAUCACAGCGGGAGGAGGAGUGACUACGCGAAUAAAGACCAGAUGCAUGGUGCGCGCGCCAGUCUUCAUUUUCGACAACAUUGCUGAUGCUAACGAUUUCUACCGCUGGGCACAUCAAGCGGACACGCAGGCCGCGGUGAAAGACACCUUGCACAAGAACAUUGGCCACCUGACGGAAGAACACACUCGGCUGAGGGUGUUCCAGACAGAUCGCAAAGUGCACAUCUCUGUGGGCAUCGACUCGCAAGACGCAGCUGGGCAGAACAAGGUGACAUAUGCUGGUGAUCUGAUGAUGCGGUACAUGAAGGAGCAUUACAAGAAGACUAUUCCGGAGAUGUACAUCGAAGGUGGCUUCAACGCAGGAAAGCGUGUUUCAGUCAUGCACACGCUGCUGGGCAAGGGCCACUCGCUAGUUGCAGAUUGCAUCAUCCCGAAGGAAGUGUGCCAAUCAGUACUGCGCACCACGCCAUACAGGCUGCAGCGUUUUCAGAAGAUGCACAAUCGCACCAACGAGUUCAUCGGCGGAAUCAGCUGCACUGCACAUGUUGCGAACGGCCUCGCAGCCUUCUACAUUGCCACGGGCAAUGACCCUGCCUGCACUGCGGAGUCGCAAGCCGCCGUGACCCACUUUGACUUGGUGGACCCUGCCGGCGGCUCGACAACCCUCUUCGACCAAGACCUGUAUGCAAGCAUCACACUGAACUCCAUCAUUGUCGCUAGCGUCGGUGGUGGCACCCAGUUGCCUGCUUUCAAGGCAGCCCGAUCAAUGAUGAAUGUGACAAGCGCCAACGAGCUUGCAGAGAUCUGCGCAGGUGUUGCGCUGUCUGGUGAGCUCAGCUUCUAUGCAUCCAUGGAGACAGGCAGCUUCGCGGAUGCGCACUGGAACAUGCUGUGCCUUUUGGGCGUCCCCCGCUUCUUUGAUUCGACGGCGCACAUGCUAAGGCUGAACCUCUUGGAGAAGAUUGGCGCGCCUUUGGACGUGUACAGCUUUGCCACGGCCAGCAGACGACCGGAGAGGCCUAGCUGCCAUCCAAAGCUGCUGGAGGUGGAGCCGGGGGACCCGCAAGGCGCGCUGCGCUCAGCACUCCAGGAGGCUGCGCCCAGUGGAAAGGCCACUCAUGAAUCAGUUGGACGCUUUGCAGGCGAUGGGCAAUCAUUGAUCACCGCUUCAGAGUGGAAGGAGUUGGAGCCGAUUUUGCGCAGCUCUGUGGCGGGCAAGGUUGCUUGGGGAGACCGGCCGCUGGAGUUGCUCAGCCAGCAGCCCAACGCGGCCUGGCGCCGGUCAGCUGCCCGCCCGGGGGCAUGGCUGGGCGGUCUAGCUCAAGUGUCUGAUGUGGGCCAUGACGAUGUGACUGGAGGCAGCGCACAUGUGCCCAGCCCGCCGAGCUCGGAGCGGUUCUCCUUGAGCAGCUCUGGGGUGCGCUUUUCGGACGGCACCGCAGGAGUCAUCAGGUCCGGCCGGGUGCUGGUCUGGCUCAACUCCGCGCACUGCAGUGGUGUGCAGAUGCUGUGA